UUAUAAAAACCAUAUCGUCUUUUCUCUUUCCCUUUCAUUUCUUCGGUCGGGGCAUUGAGAGAGAGAGAGAGACCCCUUCCCCAAUUUCCAAAAAUCGAUACAUAAAAUUCACGAUUCUCGUCCGAAAACCGGUCGAUUCUACAUCGAUAUACCCGAUUCAGAUCCCUCGCAGAUGCAGAUCUGAAGAAAACGACGAGGGCCGUACAAUCCGUUCGCCGAACUUCGUCUCCUGUCCAAUAAUAAAAAGAAGGCAAGAAAAAGAGGUAUAUACUUGUGGAGUAGAAUAUGUCCCAGAACCAAGAGGAUGACAUCGACUACAUGGCAGAUGAUUACGAAAUGGCAGAUGCAGAUGAUGACAUGGAUGAAGAGUUCCGUGGUAGAGGGAUGGGUGACUCGGAGUCCGAUGACGAUGAAUAUGAUCACCUGGAUAAUAAGAUAACUGAUACUUCCUCAGCACAAGCUAGGAGAGGCAAGGAUAUCCAAGGGAUUCCAUGGGAGAGGCUAAGCAUCACAAGGGAGAAAUACAGACAGACCAGGCUAGAACAAUACAAGAAUUACGAGAACAUCCCUCAAUCUGGAGAGGGAUCAGAGAAGGAAUGCAAACCAACAAAGAAAGGUGGCAUGUAUUAUGAGUUUCGGCGCAAUACUCGAUCUGUGAAGUCUACAAUUCUUCAUUUCCAGUUGAGGAAUUUGGUCUGGGCUACAUCAAAACACGAUGUGUAUCUCAUGUCGCACUUUUCUGUCAUUCAUUGGUCCACAAUUACUUGCAACAAGUCGGAAGUUCUCAAUGUUUCAGGACAUGUUGCACCACGCGAGAAACACCCGGGAAGUCUAUUAGAAGGAUUCACUCAGACCCAAGUUAGUACAUUGGCUGUCAAGGACAAGUUACUUGUGGCUGGUGGAUUUCAAGGCGAGCUUAUUUGUAAGUAUUUGGAUCGACCUGGAGUCAGUUUCUGCUCCAGGACAACUUAUGAUGAUAAUGCAAUCACAAAUGCUGUUGAGAUUUAUAACAGUUCGAGUGGAGCUGUUCACUUCAUGGCCUCAAAUAACGACUGUGGAGUUAGAGAUUUUGACAUGGAGAAGUUUCAGCUUUCUAAGCAUUUCCGCUUUACUUGGCCAGUAAAUCAUACCUCAUUGAGCCCUGAUGGCAAGCUGCUUGUCAUAGUUGGAGACAACCCUGAGGGGUUGCUUGUGGACUCUAAUACUGGAAAGACCAUCACAUCUAUGUGCGGUCACUUGGACUAUUCGUUUGCAUCAGCAUGGCACCCUGAUGGCCGCACCUUUGCCACUGGAAACCAGGACAAGACCUGCCGGAUCUGGGAUGCCCGUAACCUCUCCAAGUCAGUCACAGUCCUCAAGGGCAACCUUGGGGCCAUCCGCUCUAUACGUUUCACAUCUGACGGCCAGUUCAUGGCAAUGGCAGAGCCUGCAGACUUCGUGCAUGUCUACGAUGCAAGGAACGGGUAUGAAAGGCAGCAGGAAAUCGAUUUCUUUGGUGAGAUAUCAGGCAUGUCCUUCAGCCCUGACACGGAGUCCCUCUUCAUUGGUGUUUGGGACCGCACAUAUGGUAGUCUCCUCCAGUACAGCCGGAGCCGGAACUUUUCAUACCUCAACUCUUUCUAGUUUGAAGAGGACCCCUCUGGCUGCUUGCGAGAGUAGCCAUCCGGAUCUUACCCUUCCAUGUGUGCCAAUGUGGCGUGUGCAAGAGAUUGGGGCUGUUUGUCUGUUGGGUUGUGCAGUGUAUGUUGUUGUGGCCCAAAGCUUGUGCAGUAGUCAUCAGGUGGACCGCACAUGGACCAUUUGUUAAUUUUAUUUUCAACUUCCCAUUUAUGUGUCAUUCAUAUGAUGACAGGAGCAGCCCGAUAUUUCAGCCACACCACAUGCUGUGGGGGCUAACCCGAUGGACAGCCCCGGUCUUGCUCGUGUGCUAUGGCAGCACAUACAGGCAGAGUAGGAUUCUAACAGCACCACUCUUGUUGAGGUAAUCCUGCUGUGACGUGGUAUGGCUCCCCAUCGCUUAGCAUCCAAUCUCCAUUCUGAGUCCGCAGUGUUCGGUGCAACAUGCCUCAUGUUAGAAGUGUAGAAGGAUGGGAAAAAAAAGAAGGAAAAAUGUUGUAAGCGGGCCAUCUGUUUUCUUUCUCAAUAAUGUUGGAUAUUCACUACUGCUGUCGGGUAUGCUGAUAUUAGGGCUUGUAUAAAAGGAGGGGAUGAUGAUGUACAGAGAGGGUAGGGGAAAAAAAAUGCAUUGAUGAGGUGAAAGAAAGAAAUUUCAAAAAUGGGGUUCCUUCUCACAGUGCAUGGACUUUGCAGACUUGAUCUUUUGUGGGAUAGUUUGUUUCUUUAAUCUUAUUACACAACUGAUUGUUGUGUGUUGUUUCUUUUCUGUAGUUUCCUUUGUUCCUUUUGGUAAUCGUUGUUGGGAGCUGUUGUGAAUUUUACGUUCUCACUCAAAUGUCUCCCAAACUUAAAAUUGAUAUUUUGUAUCGGCUUGAUUUUUGAGGAAUACCAUUUUUAUAGUGAAUGAUCAACUUUGGGCUCA